GUGGUGCCUACUCGCCGCGCGCAAGGUCAAGUGCGAACGUCCAAGUCAUUGCUCCUCGCGUGCGCGUCGCAUAGUUGCGCCUGCGCCGACCGCAUUACACUGACCGACGGAUUUGCGAUCGCGGUACAAAAUGAUUCAAAACCUCUUUUUUCUGUGCCUUGCGUGCGUGGCACAUGCGGCCGCUAGCAGUGACGACAGAUUCAUCAAGAAAUAUGCCAUGAUGAAGAUAUAUGAAAGUUGUUUUGGUCCCGAAGUUGUCAAACAGAUUCGUAACGAAAUGAAGGACGCCUAUGCUAAAUGCUCAGCGCCGCCAUCUUUUGACGAACCGCCAAACCCGCCACCACCUAUUUUCCUCGGCAAACUGCCACCCGGUUUCUCUAUGGACCCAAACUCACAAACCAUCACUAAGCCGACAGAUGGCGCUCUACAUAGUUCUGGAAAUGAUAAUAUUCUAGAUCAAGGACAACAACAACAAGGCCAGCCCCUAAAAUCUGCCUCCGGAAGUGGGAACAUUUUCGGAUUUAGACCGCAUGGGCAACCAUCUCUGCCGCCGUACAUGAUGCCAAUGAAUCCACAAUUCCGGCCGUUCAGCCCCGCCACACCGUUCUACCAGUUCCCGUACAGCGCUCCAGGGUUCUACCCGCCAGGACCACAGUACAACCCAUACGCGUACCAGCAAUACCAGCAGCAAGGGUAUUACCAACAACCUUACUUCGGGUCCAAUAGAAUGUCGCGCGAUUUGGGUCUUCGUGAUCGAUUGGAUAUGAUCUCCCGUGGACCUUCUGGCGGACGCGUGAAAAACAUCACAUGCGUGAUGCAGGAACUUGGCUACAUCGACCACACCCUUGAGCCGAACUAUGAGCAGAUCACGCAAAGGAUCGCCAACCUUCCGGUGUCCAGUGAACUCAAGGGCGACAUACAAGACGGGCUACAGUUCUGUCAGAAGUUUUCGCAAUGCGUACCAGACGUGAAGCGUGAUGUGGCGCCUCUCUCGCAGGAGCUCAUCAAGCCCAUGUUUUUCUUCCGAUGUUACAAGCACAAGAAGCUGGAAGCUUGUAUAAUGAAGGACAUCCGGGAGCGUUUCACCAGUGAGGACGAGUUGGAUACUGAUACUGACUUCAGCAGGUCGCUGUCCAGGUCAGCCCGAUCCGCCCGCGAGGACCCACUCAGUGAUCCGAGGUUUGAAGCCCUCGACGAGAUGGCAGUGUACUUAUACGAUUACCUAAGCGGGGGUAACGGGUUCGAUUUCGACUUAUACAUGUAGACUGACUUCUCCAAUAGCUGGACUAGUAUUUAGGUAUAUAGAUUGUAGUUUCUAUAAAAGAUGUGUCUUGCCUAAAUGACGAUGCAUCGUCUAAAAACAUGUUUAUAUUAUUAAAUAUGUUUAACUUAUCAUCUCUAGACAGUACAAUCUUAUUAAUCUGGAUUUUUUAAAUGUUUACAAAGAAUGUAGGAAAUAAUUUAUAUUUAAAAUCCUACAGUCGUACUUUUUCAAUAUACGUACCACUUGUCAUUUUAAAUUAUUUUUGUUUUUAAUGACAAUAACAAGUUCUUAUUGAUCUCCGGAUCUAUAGAUAUUUAUAAAACAUAUAUUUUUUUUAUACAACAAUACAGCGAAUAUUUUCUAGACAA